AUGUCUCCAAUAAUACCAACUCCUAAGGCAAAGAGGCCCUCUCUACAUCAAAUCACCGUCACUGGCCAAGGCUCACCAGAGCCUGAUCUCGGUCCAGCUUCAGAAGGCAAAAGGUCCUUCGCUGGUUCAAUCGAGCGCCAUGCCGCUGAGGACAACAAAGACCUGGCAGUCCCCCCAAAGCUUUCCGCAAAGGCUAGGAAGCUAUUGAAGCUUUGCGGCAAUUGCGAAAGGCUACACAAGGACCAGCGCAAUCCUCAAGGGUGCUGUGACUGUAUCUACGCCUCUGGUGAGGGCGAAGAAGACAGUACUGCUCUCUCCUCCGACUUCAGCUCUCCAUUGGCAGGCCGUUCAGUCAAGCCGGUGAAACUGUGGUGCAACGCUUGCACAGAACGCAAGGCCGAGCCCGGCGAAGAUGGCCGCACUCGAAAGAAUGCCAGACACGGUUGCAAAGACUGCCUCCAUCUGAGAGAGCAGAGGUGGGUGAUGGCCACUGCUACCAUCCCAUCGCAUGAGCUAAAAGACGACGACUUGGAUGACAGCACUGUUGAGAAUGACCCUAUGCACCCCCCGAGAUGCAUCCCCAAAGACGACCCUCACACGGAUUUCCUUGGGCAACCGAGAAACGCUGAGUACUUGGCCAUGAUCCAGCAAAACAUCCAACAGUGGCAGCAGCAGCCUCAGCCUGCGUCCCUUGCACCUCAACUUGACUUCUACGACGACCAAGGCCAAGGCCUGUUCUUCAACGGGCAUGGAGCCCAUGCGGCGCCUGCCAUCCCGGCGCCUGCCAUGCCUCUCCCCGUCUCCUUCAACAAUCAAGGCCAAGGGCAAGGGACGCACAUCAACACGUAUGGAUCCCCUACUGCGGCUACCAUACCAGCGGCUACCAUGCCCCUCCCUGUCUCCUUCAACGGCCAAGGUCAAGACCAAAGCAACUACUUCAGUGGAGCUCAAUUCCCUGAGGCAUCCUCGCUCUUCGCGAACGAUCACGGUCUCCAGGCCGUAGGGCCAAACCUGAACACCCCUACGGAUUGCAUCGAUCCAAGAUUACUUGCGGAUGAUCCGUCUCAGACCAUGUGCGGUACAGGCCCAAUGCAGGGGUUCGACUAUCCUUCCCGGCCUGCGCAGGAUUUAAAUAGGACACAGUCUGCCUUCGACGAGGCGAUGGAUGACCUCGACUGGUCUAGAUGGCAUGAGGCUCAGCCGUGGGACGCGACCCCGAUGGACUGCGCACCCUCCGGCAUGCCUCAUCACACGGCUGGACCUCAACAGCCUGGAUUCCAACAGCCUGGAUUCCAACAGCCUGGAUUCCAACAGCCUGGAUUCCAACAGCCUGGAUUCCAACAGCCUGGAUUCCCUCCUAAUGCCAUGCAGUCGCAGUUCCCGAUGCAGGCCCCGUUCCCUGGAACCGCAGACGGCAUGGGCUGGAAUGGCUCCCAAGCCGAAUUCCAGCCCGGUCCUGCUCCACAGCCUUGGUGGGCGAACCCCAUGUCUGCAGCAUAUCACGGCCCGAUCCUGUCUUCGGUCAACCAGGGUGCCGCGAAUGGAAACAACAGACUGAACCCUGCCGAAGCAGAUAUGUUCAGACAACAUACCAAUCGCAGCCCCGGGCCCGCGCCGCCGGCAGCGAGCGGCGCACCACAGCCGCGCUCCACCUGA